AUAGAGGGAGUCGCGCUGUAGCAUAGAUACAUGUAUAUAUAUAUAUGCUUUGCAAAGUGCAGUAAAUUGAAGGCUGACGACUUCGUCAUUAGAAAGCAACAAAGACAGGCUUAAUUAUGCCCAACAUCAAACUGCAGAGCUCUGAUGGAGAAAUAUUUGAAGUUGAUGUCGAGAUAGCUAAAGCUUCUGUAACAAUCAAAACAAUGUUGGAAGACUUGGGUAUGGAUGAAGAUGAAGAAGAGGCUGUCCCUUUACCCAACGUCAAUUCUGCUAUCUUAAAAAAAGUGAUUCAAUGGGCAACAUAUCAUAAAGAUGAUCCCCCUCCACCAGAAGAUGAUGAAAACAAAGAGAAGAGAACAGAUGAUAUCAGUUCAUGGGAUGCUGAUUUUCUUAAGGUUGAUCAGGGCACCCUUUUUGAAUUAAUACUGGCUGCUAACUAUUUGGAUAUCAAAGGUUUAUUGGAUGUUACUUGCAAGACUGUUGCAAAUAUGAUUAAAGGGAAGACUCCAGAAGAGAUUCGAAAAACAUUUAAUAUUAAAAAUGAUUUCACACCAAGUGAAGAAGAACAGGUGAGAAAAGAAAAUGAGUGGUGUGAAGAAAAGUAGAACACUUGGAGGAGUCCAACAAGUGUCCCCAUGUAUUAUGUUGUAUCUGUAUUUCAGUAGUUACUAACCUCAAAACAUCAGACUAAAAUCAUAUAUGUUUUGUUAGUUAAACUUUGUAGUAUGCUGAACCACAAUUUUUAGUGAUUUCAAAACAAUUACAUAAUUAUCAAUAGUGAGAAAGAAUAUUUGGGGUGCCCUGGUGUACAUAGCAAGCUUAAAUUAUAUCAUACUUCAAUCCAGCUGGCAGUUUGUUUUUUGCUGUACUUUUAAUGCUAUGCCACCACCUAUAUACAUGUAUCACUUAUGGAUAGUUUCUGGUUCACACCUGAAGUUUUUAUUCUUGUGAUGUGCAAAUUUUGAGUUAACUGUUAAUCCAAAUUUCUUGGAUUAUUUGAUACUUUGGCCUGUAGGAAACAUGACUACGUUUAAAUUUAAGCAGUUUAGUUGUAAACACUUUACUGUAAUUUCAGCACUGGUAAUAAACAUUUUCCAUUAUACUA